CUUGAGGCUGCGGACUGAGAAUCGGGCAUAUUUACUUCUCUUGAACACUUAUCAUUAUUGUUCAUGACGUUGGAGCUUUCAGAGAUGGACGACUAUCGAUAAACUGCUCACCUGCAAACGAAUACGGUGGCGGAUCAACUAUUUAUGUGACGACAAUGACAAAAAAGCUAUGGGAUAUAUACGGGAUCAGAAGUCUACUACUAUUGAGUCUUGGAGCACAAGCCAUUCUUACCAUCUUCGGCAAUCGUAGAAGGUACCGUUUAAGAUAUCUGACCCGAUUUUUCCUUUGGUUGUCCUACUUGACGGCAAGUCCCGUGGUAACAUUGGCAUUGGGCAAGCUUUUACGAAUGUAUCCUGGGGCUUUAGAUGAGAAAGGAGAUCAGCUAGAGCAUAUUGUAUCCUUUUACCAAUAUCUCUACUACGCAGAUUGGUUGACACCAUUCCUUUUGCUGCAAAUUGGUAGCCCUAAUGUUAUUUCUUACUCCGUUGAGGAUAAUAAGUUAAAGUUUAGGCAACUUAUUGGGCUAACCACCCAGGUCGCCAUUUCACUUUGGAUCUUUUCUAAAUCACUUAGAUAUUGGACUGCCAUAUUCAGUGUACUUUUGUAUGUAGCUGGAAUAGUUAAACUUGCAGAGAGACUCCGAGCUCUCUGGUCAAUAAGUAUUACCGAAAAUGUCGUGAUAGCUAGUUUUGCAAAAAAUGAUAUUCGAACAGAAGAAACCUCACUUGAGUCUAGCUCAUUUUCCAAUUAUUCUCAUGAUCUGUUUCUGCUUGUGAAGGCUUAUCAACGCUUUGAUCGAUUAAAGCCUUAUCUUGAGAAUUGGCUAGGCCAUCCUUCAUCAGUUUAUCUUUCUUCGAUGAGUGUAGAAGACUGUCCUCCUAAGGAUGUUUUUAGAAUCACAGAAUUUGAGCUUAGCUUUAUGUAUGAUGUGCUCUACACGAAGGCGUCCAUUGGCUAUUCCAACAAAAGUUUAUGGGGUCGCAUCAUUUUCUUUCUUGCUCUAGCUUUGCUUUUGGUGAUAUUAACUAUAUUUUGGUUUGUUGGGUCAGAUUCUCCAGAUGUAGAUGGCAUAAUUCUCUUACUUUUUUUAUUAGGAGCAACUGUACUUGAAAUUUAUGAGAUGAAGGAGUUUUUGUUCUCAGAUUGGGUAGUACUUCAAAUGAGGAAACAAAAUAGGAGCACAUUCAUCAGCAGAUUCAUAUCGAGAAUUGCUCCAAAAAUUCCAAGAAAGAAUCAUAGGUGGUCUCAUUGCAUAGAUCAAUUCAACUUACUAAGCUAUUGUCUCUAUGAAGAUACUACAAAGCUUGGCGGGUUGAUUAGAAGAAUUUUCAAGGUCAAGGGCUACUACAAGGAGUACAUGAAGUAUUGUGUCAAGAAACACAAUCCAGUCCCUGAAGAGUUGAAGAAGCUGAUACUGGAACAAAUUCUGGAGGGUGCUUGUGCUCAAGUCGAUGAAUUUUUUAAGGCAAAACAAUCAAAGGAUGAAGCGACAUUCUGCGGGAAAUUACUAGUUGAAACUUAUUUCCAAGGAAUUCCCAAUAACAAUGUGUUUACAUCAGAUUGGAAUGUAUUGCUUCAGGUGCAAAAAUUGGCAAAAAUAUUGCAAGAGAGGGACGACAAAUGGAGUAUUAUAAGUAGUGUCUGGGUGGAAAUGUUGUUUUAUACUGCGAUUAAUUGUCCUUGGACUCUCCAUGCAGAGCAACUUAGGAAAGGUGGAGAAUUGCUCACUCAUAUUUGGCUUCUGCUUGAGCAUGAGAAAGAUCAGCCCCAUGACUUGUCCCUUGAAUUGUAAUAUGUGGUUUAAGAGAGUUGUAUGUCAACAUUUUAUUAUGUGCAUGAGUAUGGUGUUAGAGU